AAGGUACAAGAGGCCCAGCAGCCGAGCCCAGAUCUCCCAGGAGCGGGAAAGCACUGUUUGCUCUCUCCUCCUCUUGCCAGCCGAUUCCCUGCUCUGGUUGUUGUCGCUGCUGCUACUGCUAGGAUGGUGGUGGAGCUUUACCUCGACCUCGUCUCCCAACCCUGCCGGUCUGUCUUUAUCUUUGCUAAGAAAAACAACAUCCCCUUUGAGUUCAAGCAUGUGGCUCUCAUCCAAGGGCAAAACAGGACGGAGGAGUUUGGCAAGGUGAAUCUGCUGGGGAAAGUGCCUGCCUUGAAGGAUGGCGACUUCACCUUGGCAGAGAGCAUUGCCAUCCUCUUGUACCUAGCAAGGAAAUUCAAGACCCCUGACCACUGGUACCCCUCGGACCUGCAGAAGCGAGCCCGCGUGGACGAAUAUCUGUCUUGGCAACACACGACCACGCGAAUGUAUGGCACCAAAGUGUACCUGGCAAAGGCUUUGCUGCCUCUCUUCCUGGGACAUCCUGCCCCUUCCGAAAAGCUUGAAGAAGCCCUCGAGAGUCUGAAAGAGACCCUGAAGCUGUUUGAGGAGAAGUUCCUCCAGGACAAGCCCUUCAUUGCUGGCACAGAAAUCUCCUUGGCAGACUUGGUGGCCAUUGUAGAAAUCAUGCAGCCUGUAAGCGCCGGCUAUGAUGUCUUUGAAGGUAGACCCAAGCUGGCCUCCUGGCGCUCCAGAGUGGAAGAAGCCGUGGGGAAGGAUCUCUUUGCCGAGGCCCACGAGGAUAUUCGCAAAGCCAAGGAUGUGACGGAGGAUCAACUCCCUCCUGAAAUGAGGGAACAAAUCAAGCAGCACUUGCUGAAGUAUCUGAAGUGAACCCAAUUGGGGGGCAGAGUCCCUCUCAAUAAAGCGCCAGAACCAACCAAAA